CCUGAUAUAUAGUAUGAGUGACAAAGCACAGGCUUCACUUCCAGUCAUGCUUUGUGCUAAAUGGGAAGUUCUGUCACUCAGAUAAAGAGGGAACAAGAGAGGAAGCCUCACUCAGUGCCAACAGGCUCCGUAGAUGUUACACUGUUUCCCCUUUCUGUCUACAACAUGAAGCUGCUGAAAUGCAUUGUAAUCAUCCAACUGAGCUGUCUUUGCCUAGUCCGAACUGAAAACCAGGUGAGAGCCGAGGGAAACUAUUCAGGAGCGGUAAUACAAGAGGCAUUCAACAGUGACCCUUAUGUUCACAGACUUGCUGGUAAAUGCAGCUUCAUGCUGAGGAUGGGUGGAAACAGGAGCAGUGAUGUGGUGGCUUUACCAGCAGACUCUUUGGAUGAGCUGACUGAACAGAUGUGCCAGGAUCUGGACUGUGGCAGCGUCUUUCAUGUGAAUAAAACCAACUCGCCUUCCAAUGCCACCUGCUUUCACGACUGCUGGUACAGAGAUGGUCGUUUGCAGAACUGUUCACAGAGUGAGGGGAGUAACUGCUCUGUGAUCGUUGAAGUUGUCUGCGGCCACCGGGCUGUGCAGCUGGUCGGGGGCUCAGGUCGCUGUGCUGGAAGGGUGGAGCUGUGGAGAAAUGGAGAGUGGGGCACGGUGUGUGACGACCAGUGGGACCUGCGGGAUGCCAACGUGGUGUGUGCUCAGCUUGGCUGCGGAUACACGGUUAGUGUGACGGGACAGGGCGGCUCCUUCCCCCCGGGCAGAGGACCCGUCCACCGGGACGAGCUGAACUGCACCGGCCGAGAGGAGAGCCUAUGGGACUGUCCGGCCACACAGGAAGAGCCCGACUGCGGACACAAAGAGGAUGCUGGGAUCAUAUGCUCAGAGAUGAAAGCAGUCAGACUAACUGGAGGUCUGGACCGCUGCUCUGGUAAAGUGGAGAUCCACCGUAAUGGAAGCUGGGGAAUGUUGUGUGAUAACUGCUGGAAUAAAAACAUGGCUUCCAUGGUGUGCUCCAUGCUGCAGUGUGGCACUGAGCCAGCAAAAUUCACACAGUUUGAUCCUCCUCUCAUCCUCAACAACGGGACACUGUGGUACUAUAUCUGUGAUCAAAACGCUCAGAAUCUGUGGCAGUGCAGCGAGUACGUCAACAAAACAUACCUGUGCGAUACCUCAAAAGCAUCUGCCGUCAUAUGUAAGGGUUCCCUCGGUUUUGCUGAAUCCACCACAGCAUCUGGGUCAACUGUAAUGACCAGUUGGACUACUGUCAGUCCUGCUGAAGGCUUCUCCUUACCAUCUCCAAAGCUGCUCAGCAUCAUGGCUCUGGCUCUCCUGCUGCUGCUCCUCGUAGUGCUCAUUACCAACUCAGUGCUGUGCUGCCAUUACAGGAGGAGACACGCGCUCUUGAUCCAGCAGACACGCAGCAACCCUCGCACCCUCUCUGAACAUCCUAACAGCUACCAGGACUCUGUCGACCUCGUAAAGGUCACUACCUACCCACUGCAGAACGAAGCCCCAUCCAAUCCCAGGUAUCUGUGGACUCAGCAUAGUAGUGUUGACAGCUCUUCAGUAGAUACAGACCAUGAGCAGUAUGAGCAAAGCAAUGACCCGUCUGUCCCUUUAUCCACCUUUCGGAAUUCUCAGAGGUACAGAACAGACGUGAACCCUUUCAUGAGGCUUUCAGGUCUCCACAGCCUCUCUGAGGAAGCCCCAGCCCCUGAAUCCUCAGAAGAAGUGAUGGGAAUGUUUUCAGGCUGUAACGGCGACGCAGGGGCUCAGUACGCCAGAGUGUCAAAGAUCACAGUGGACUCGUUCGAUACGUCCAGCACCUCCUCGGGGGAGUGCUACGAGAACACCAGCAACAACUACAUCACGCUCCCUCCUGAACCAGAACCGGGUCAGUCAUCUGGUGUCAGCGAUGCUUUUCACCCUUCAAUGCUCGACUAUAGCAACAAUCAACUUUUCCCCAAACAAACAGCAAACCUGCAGAAAUCAGAUGAGGAAGGAGACUGCCCCAUCUACUCCCCUGUGAGCCCCGACAAAAACCUUUCAUCUGAUGAUGACUACGAUGACAUCGACACUUUAGAGUAACCAGAGGACAUCUAUAGAAGUGGGACUGGAGCUGUAAAACUGCACUGAAAAUAACAUGUACUUUAAGACCAAACACCUGUUUCAACUGAGAAAGACCAAGGAGACUUUCAGUUUUAAAGAUGUCUAUACAUUCAGGUCUAAACCUGGAUCAGCUUGAUUAAAAAAGGGGAGUCUAGGGUUCAUAUCUAAGCAGCAUUUACAUGUCACACUCCGUUGUGUGCAGUAGUUUACAGUGAAAAGCUACUGACUAAAGAGGAAAAUGUGGCCACAUUCAGACCCAGAUUUCAUGACCAAUUUUUGACUUGCAGCUUACCAAAUGACUGUGAACCACUAUAAUAAAUUCAAUGUACUUAGCCUGAUUGACUCACUGUAAGUAAUCCAUCAUUAUGAACAUAUUGUUUAGCCUGUUGAACAAACGGUUUGAAAAGACUUCAGUUGUGCUUUCAAUGAUGCUCAGAUGUCAGUUGCCCUUGAGAUUUGGCUAGGAAAGCAUCAUCCUCCUGAUCAGAAAGAAAACCAGGAGACAAAUGAGAAAAAUGUGGAUGUUUUGAAAAGGACUAUGUGUAAUGGCCACCUGAUAUAAUUUUACCAAGAAACAACUGUAACAUUUGUUUGUUUUGUGCUUUUAUAUACAGUAUGUUUAAUUAAUGUUAGCAUAUCAGUUUUCUCUAAUAGCUAGUUCAUGUUCAAAUAGUGUGUCCCAAGUGGAUUUAUAGUAAGUACAAGCAAACCACUAAUUUGUGUACACUGUAUGGUCAAAAGUAUGUGGACACAAACAUUAUAUCCAAAUGUGAUUGUUGAAUGUUUGAUAUAUAAAAGAAUGGAUAUUAAUGCAGCUGUCUUCAGUGCCCACUUGUUGUUUUAGCAGUUUUCCUUCAGUUUUGUCUUCAGCAAGUGAAAUGCAUAUCCAUCUAUCCAUUUACCCAUCCAUCCAUCCAUCCAUCCAUCCAUCCAUCCAUCCAUCCAUCCAUCCAUCCAUCCAUCCAUCCAUCCAUCCAUCCAUCCAUCCAUCCAUCCAUCCAUCCAUCCAUCCAUCUAAUGUUUUUGCUAUUACUCUGAUGGGUUUGUUUUGAUGUUUCAGCCUAAUGAUGGCUUGCUCCACUUAUCAGUAUCACAUGAAAAUAAAUAAAUUCAGUUAAUACAAAAAAUUUAAAUGUAUUAUUGCAUGGGUAAGGAGAAAGUACAAUUAUGAAUGCGUUUUGUAUUUUUUACAUUGUUUUCUUCCUCCCCCGAGCGGAGCAGGCUUACUCUGUAAGAUCCAUGCAUGUUUAUGUUUAUGGUUUCAGUAUCAGAAGAUAAUAUUUAGUCUUUUUACAUGUUGAUGACCUAACAUGCUUUUGCAUACAGCAGAACCCGAAGCAUUCUCAUUGAAACAAUGAGUUAAAUAAAACAAAACAUUCAAAGCCA